CACUGCGUUGACUGCACACACUGCACAGACAGCAGAAGUCAACCAACGAAUUUCUGCUACAGCUGAUUCGGUCGCCAUUUUUGUCGCGAACAUAAACAACACCAGUGAGUCGCGUUGGCAUUUGGAUGUACCGCUGUUUGGAAGAAAGCGACCAUAGCCUCCCCUGAGCCUCCCCCCCGCUGCAGCACUGACAUUUUCAACCGGAGAUGACAGCUGAUUUGGUCACCUGAGCCAGUCGGAGAUGGGGCUCCAGGGUGGAUUUCCUCAACGGGAGGGAGCGGAGGUUUAAAGGGGGGGCGGGGAGGGCAGCAGAGGGGCCUUGCUGCUCGUCAGCCCUGAGGAGAUGGACCAAGAGUACGAGAGACGGCUGCUGAGGCAAAUCAACCACCAGAACCUGCCGACAGAGGCCCGCCUGUCAAAGUGUGUAAGUGUUACCUGCAGUCCUGUCAGUGUUAAGUCAGGGGACCGCUUCAUUCCCACCCGAGCUGGAAGCAACUGGAGCAUCAACUUCCACUACGCCAAUGAGAACUGCCGCUCCCCAAAUCAGAACCAUAAAGCAAAGGAUGCCAGUUCAGACUCGAGCAAAGAUGCUGUGGCGUAUGCUGCCCUGUUGAGGAAUGAGUUACUGGGGGCAGGGAUAGAGACUGUGCCAGACCCUCACACAGAUGACCGGCGGCAUGCAGUCCUCUCCCAAGACUCUCACAGCCUUUUUAGGUACACUGUCCACACUAAGAGAGUGCCUUUCGAUAGCGAUAAUGAAGUCUCACCCUACUCCCUUUCUCCACUUAGCAACAAGAGUCACAAGCUGCUCCGCUCUCCUCGUAAACCAGCCCGUAAGAUCUCCAAGAUCCCCUUCAAAGUGCUGGAUGCGCCGGAGCUACAGGAUGACUUCUACCUCAACCUGGUGGACUGGUCAGCAGGCAACUUGCUCAGUGUCGGUCUGGGUGCCUGCGUCUACCUGUGGAGUGCCUGCACCAGCCAGGUGACAAGAUUAUGUGACCUUUCAGUGGAUGGAGACUCUGUUACAUCAGUUUGUUGGAAUGAGAGGGGGAGUCUUGUUGCCGUGGGAACCCACAAGGGUUACGUUCAGAUCUGGGACGCAGCAGGAGGGAGGAAGCUGACCAGCCUGGAGGGUCACUCGGCACGUGUAGGCGCCCUGGCAUGGAACGGAGAGCAGCUGUCGUCGGGGAGUCGGGACCGAGUGAUCCUACAGCGGGACAUCAGAACCCCCCCUUCGGCUGAAAGGAGGCUGCAAGGUCACAGACAAGAAGUGUGUGGUCUCAAAUGGUCUCCUGACCACCAGCACCUCGCGUCCGGAGGCAACGACAAUAAAUUGUUGGUGUGGAACAGCUCCAGCCUUCUCCCUGUGCAGCAGUACAGUGACCACCUGGCGGCAGUGAAGGCCAUCGCCUGGUCCCCCCACCAACACGGGCUGCUGGCGUCAGGGGGCGGCACCGCCGAUCGCUGCCUGCGCUUCUGGAACACACUGACGGGUCAGGCGCUGCAGAGCACAGACACCGGCUCCCAGGUCUGCAACCUGGCAUGGUCCAAACACGCCAACGAACUGGUGAGCACUCACGGCUACUCUCAGAACCAGAUCCUGGUGUGGAAGUAUCCGUCACUAACACAAGUGGCUAAGUUGACAGGACACUCCUACAGAGUGCUGUACCUGGCUGUGUCACCAGAUGGAGAGGCCAUCGUUACAGGAGCUGGGGACGAGACGCUACGUUUCUGGAACGUCUUCAGUAAGACACGCUGCACCAAGGAAUCAAAGUCCGUGCUGAAUCUCUUCACAAGAAUACGAUAGCGAGCAGCCCGGGUCAGGACUGGUUUCAGGAGGAGCCUACUGAGCUGUGGUUAAAAUGCACAGAGUCACCAACAGCACUCACAGACUAGCCCAUAGAGUCCUCUCAUCUCAGUGCACCAGUCACCACUACAGCCCUCCUCAAAUCCACGUUUUCUACAGAGGGCGCGGCCCCAACUUCCAACAACUGCCAUCUCUCACAGUGACGUCACUGAUAAACACAAAAAACAAGCAGUCUAUUGCCAGGACACGUUGUCUGCUUAAAAAAAGACGGUCUUGUUCUCUUUUUCUGUUGUGGAAGUGAGGAAGUUGUUUUUAUUAUAUAUUAGCAGAAGUAUACAUGUAGAGUUAUAAGCUAUAUAAUGUAACAACGUCACAUUUUUUAAAAGGCUCUCCUUUGUAACAGAAGAAGAAGCCUGAUUGUGUGUGUGUGUGUGUGUGUGUGUGUGUGUGUGUGUGUGUGUGUGUGUGUGUGUGUGUGUGUGUGUGUGUGUGUGUGUGUGUGUGUGUGUGUGUGUGUGUGUGUGUGUGUGUGUGUGUGUGUGUGUGUGUGUGUGUGUGUGUUCGGGGGGGGAUUUCUAUAUUUUGUAAUGUAUGAAUAUGAUCUACAAAAGCAGUAUACAAGAGUAGAGAAACAAUAAAUAGGUGAACACACACACAGUUUCUCAUGCAGCUGCAAAGAAUGAACUGUUUAUUGGCGUCUUGUCGAUCCAUAUCUGGAGAUCAGUAAAAGGCAAUGGGACACUUUUUUCUUUUUAUCCUGCUUGGGAAGUUACAAAGGUAUUUUAUCAAGAAUGUUGCACAGAGGUCCAGUCAUCCUAAUAACAGUCCACUUAAUCUGUGUUUUUGCUUUGGUUCAGUCCAAGUAUUACAGUAUGGUUUUUUAUUGUCUGAUGCCACUUGAACAGUCUUAUUUGGCACUGUUUGUCAUUGAAACAAAUUCAGAUUCUGGGUUUUCUUUUGUUACUUUCUCUUGAACUUUCUCUUGAACUUUCUUUUAAACUCAGAGCGCUACCAGCUCAGUAAUCUGAGUAUCCAGACCCCUGCAGGCCCCGACAGAGCAGAGAAAACUCCUUCACGAUUUCUUUAACACAACGUUUGUUGGUUUGCUCCCUGGAAGAAAGGGAAAAAAAGAUGUAUGAAUUUUUGUCGAAAAAUGUCACUUUAUUGCACUGUAUUUUUGUGGCACAAAUAUGUCAUCCAAGUUUAUGAUUUGUGUUAUUUUUUUUUCAUGCAGUUCUGUUUUCACUCUACUAUUGCACAGAAAAUGUGGUUUGCAAAAUUAUUUAAUGCAACUGCAGACUGAGAGACUUCUGCUCUCAAUAUCCCCCAUCAUGUUCCUACUGUAAUGAAGAGAAAUGUGUUUCUGUUGUGUUGACUCAUUCAUUGUGCGAGGAUGUACAGACGUACAGGCCAAUUUAAAGUGGCCAAUUUACCUAAUUAACCAAACCUGCAUGUCCUUGGACUGUGGGAAGAAGCCGGAGCUCACGGGGUAAACCCAUGCUAAGGAGAACAUGCAAACUCCACGCAGAAAGGCCCAAGCCGGCCGCUGGCUUCCAACCCAGAAUCCCUUUUGCUGUGAGGCGACCCAAUGAACUUAUGACUUGAUAAAGUUUGUUUGUCAUUUUUCUCUCUUGAA